CCAAGCCCGGCGCUUCCGCGUAGCUGGGCGGCCGGUUGAAACGUGACUGUGAGUGACCCCACCUUAAAGGGGAGGGAGCAGCGGGGGACCCGAGCCCUUUAAGACAAGGCGGGCUGGGACCUGCCCCUUUAAGGGCGGGGCGUCCGACGGCUGAAUCCGAGCCCCAGAUUACCUUUGAGUUUCCGUCACGGGCAGCGCGGAGCGGCUCCUCGGCUGGGUCCGGGUGCUUGGCGGGCGGCGGCGGCCUCCUCCCCGCUCGUCCUCCCCGGGCCCGGAGACACCCCCGCCCCAGUCAUGCUGAGCAGAGUAUGGAAGCAGCUGACUACGAAGUGCUAUCCGUGCGAGAGCAGCUGUUCCACGACCGGGUCCGCGAGUGCAUCAUCUCAAUACUUCUGUUUGCGACACUCUACAUCCUCUGCCAUGUCUUCCUGACCCGCUUCAAGAAGCCCGCUGAGUUCACCACAGUGGAUGAUGAAGACGCCACCGUUAACAAGAUUGCGCUGGAGCUGUGCACCUUUACCCUGGCAGUCGCCCUGGGGGCCGUCUUACUCUUACCCUUCUCCAUCAUCAGCAAUGAGGUGUUGCUCUCCUUGCCACGGAACUACUACAUCCAGUGGCUCAACGGCUCCCUCAUCCAUGGUCUUUGGAACCUUGUUUUUCUCUUCUCCAACCUGUCCCUCAUCUUCCUUAUGCCCUUUGCAUAUUUCUUCACAGAGUCUGAGGGCUUCGCCGGCUCCAGAAAGGGUGUCCUGGGCCGGGUCUACGAGACAGUGGUGAUGUUGAUACUCCUCACUCUGCUUGUCCUGGGCAUGGUAUGGGUGGCAUCCGCCAUUGUAGAUAAUGACAAGGCCAGCAGGGAAUCACUCUAUGACUUCUGGGAGUACUACCUCCCCUACCUCUACUCCUGCAUCUCCUUCCUCGGAGUCCUCCUCCUUCUGGUGUGCACUCCCCUGGGUCUCGCCCGCAUGUUCUCCGUCACUGGGAAGUUGCUGGUCAAGCCUCGACUACUAGAAGAUCUGGAAGAACAGCUGAACUGUUCAGCGUUUGAGGAGGCAGCUCUGACUCGAAGAAUCUGCAAUCCCACCUCCUGCUGGCUGCCUUUGGACAUGGAGCUGCUGCACAGACAAGUCCUGGCUCUGCAGACGCAGAGGGUCCUCUUGGAAAAGCGGCGGAAGGCUUCAGCCUGGCAGCGGAACCUGGGCUACCCUCUGGCCAUGCUGUGCUUGCUGCUGCUGACGGGCCUGUCUGUGCUCAUUGUGGCCAUCCAUAUCCUGGAGCUGCUCAUCGAUGAGGCCGCCAUGCCACGGGGCAUUCAGGAUGCCUCCCUGGGCCAGGUCUCCUUCUCCAAACUGGGAUCCUUUGGUGCCAUCAUCCAGGUCAUAUUGAUCUUUUACCUGAUGGUGUCUUCGGUCGUGGGUUUCUACAGUUCUCCACUUUUCCGAAGCCUGAGGCCCAGAUGGCAUGAUACAGCUAUGACACAGAUAAUCGGGAACUGCGUCUGCCUUCUGGUCCUGAGCUCUGCACUUCCUGUCUUCUCUCGGACCCUCGGGCUGACUCGCUUUGACCUGCUGGGUGACUUCGGACGCUUCAACUGGCUGGGCAAUUUCUACAUCGUGUUCCUCUACAAUGCAGCCUUUGCUGGCCUCACCACACUCUGUCUGGUGAAGACCUUCACUGCAGCUGUGAGGGCAGAGCUGAUUCAAGCCUUUGGGCUGGACAGACUGCCGCUGCCUGUCUCUGGUUUCCCCCGGGCUUCCGGAAAGAAACAGCACCAGUGACCGGCCCCUCGAUAGGGGUUGAGAAGGAGAGAACUGGACACAGCCUAGACCUGGAGGCGAGCCAGGGUGUUGGAAUCUGAGAGGGUGGGUGGAGGAGGGAGCCGAACCAUCUAUACUGCUGCAUAAUCUGAGCCAGAGUUUGGGACCCGGCCUCCGGCCUUUUCAGAUGGAGCUGUGGCCUCAGCAGAAGGUGGAGCCAGGGGACUGGCUCUAGUUCCCGGUCCCAGAUCCGUUUACACAUCAAUCUGCCUCAAUCCUGUUCCAGGCCAUGCCUGUAGCCAUGUUUACAUGAUGAUGUGCAAUAGGGUGGGUGGGAGUGUGGGGGGGGACUAGGCCGGGGUAGGGUCUGGAGACAGGCUGUCUUCCCUGCCUCUGGCCCAGCAGAGCCUAAGCACUGUGCUAUCCUGUGGAGGGGCUUUGGACCACUGGAGAGACCAAGGGUGCAGGGAAGAAGAGCCGCACCCAUCAGCAAUAAAGUCGAUCCCAGGGUUCUCUUGGUUUUUUUGUAAA